AUGUCGAUCAAAAUAACACGUAGCUUGAUUCUCCAACUUAUGGAUCAUAUCAGUGGCAAAAGCAACAAGCCAACACCACCUCCGCCAUCUUACGAAGACAAGAUCCAGCCAACAAUGGGCGAUCCAUACCGAUGGCUUGUUUAUCCUGGAGCAACCAAUGCACUAGAGUUGUUGGACGAAAUGGGUGGUUCUAUGGAAGAGCCAAGUGUACUUCGUAUUACUGGAUAUGGUAUGACGAGUGAGGCCAUUUGUGCACGGCACGGCACUGCAACAUGGGUGGGCCAUCCUAUCAUGCGAUUCGUCGACUCUGAACAUGUGCAGAGAUUAUGUUCUGGAUUGUGCGAGGCGUACAAAUCUGAUAGAGCUGUAGCAUUAAACGACAUUCGCUGCAUUGAGCCUUAUGAUCAAACCUUUCACGUUAUAGUGACACCAACUACUGAUGAAGGUUUCCUUUGUGUACUUUCACCGGUGUUUACGAGCUGUACAACCAUCGUUACUUCUUUCAAUAUGGUGGGCGAUCAUUUGCAGUUGCUAUUCAAGGCAGGGAUACGACAAGGUGUUAUCGUGGUUGCUUCAUGGUUGAGUCCCUUUAAAAUACUACAAUGGUUUUUGCGGUGUAGUAUCGCCCUUUUAUUUGCAUACAUCAAUGAUCACAAUAGUAGCCAUCAACGAUCCUACUCCCCAUGA